CGCAACUGCAACGUUACAAUGUGGAACAUCGUCAACUUGGCGAUACUUCUUUGUUUCUUUGGCAGAAGCGUUGGACAUCUCGACUGUUACCCAGACUACUGUCAGAACUCGACGAUCUUAACUCCAAUACCUGGUUUCCAGUGUCUACUGACAAAGGUCCAAAAGGGAGAAGAUUGCACCAAGCUCACGUUUGAAAAUUCCCAUCAUAAAGCUUCAAAUCCAGAUUCAGACAAAAUUACCCUACGUGCGUAUACUUAUAAGGAAUACAUUACUGAGAAAUCUGAGGUGAAAGUAACUGCCUUCAAUUUAAGCUUGGCUAAUGCCAGUUUUCAUGGGUUAAUCACACGUUAUCAGAACUUGUUGAAUCCAAACGAGUCAGCUUGUAGACACAUAGUAUUGUAUGGGAAUGAAACACAUCCUGCACCAAAGGACUUAUAUGUUUCUUGCCCAUUUUCGAAUAACUCGUUUGAAUCUUUUCCUUACCAGCUAGAUAUUCUGGUAAUUAGUGAAACGUAUAACUACAGCAAGCGAUAUAUUUUUAAUGUUCCUCGACAAAAAUUUACUGGAGAAGGUGUAAGCGUGAAAGCGUACACUCCAUUUGUAUACAUCGAUGUAUCGUACGCGCCUCUCCUUUCGUUGCAUAUUCAGGGUCUACCAGAAUCUUUUAACGUAUCGGAGUACAAAGUCUGGUUGAUAAACAGGAACACUGACACAGUCGAGUAUAAAAAUGUUUUGUCGACCACGAGUAACCAACAUCUAACUUUCGGGUAUAACUUUACCGCUCUCACCGGUGAAUUUUACUUCAAUGUCUCCGCCAUACAUCCAGAUUGCGGAGAUAAUGGAUGCGUGAACACAACCACGCCGCUUAUUAUUAUACCGGAAACGACCGAUCGUCUCCUGAUUAUGAUUAUCAGUACAGUUUGGAUACCGCCUGUGAUGCUGUACGUUCUUUAUCAUCUUUACAAGCUGUACAGAAAGGAGGGAUCGAAACGGAGACGAAAACCUACCUGUUUGUUGAUCUAUUCACCGACCCGUCUAACGCAUAUCAACGCGAUGAACGAGCUAGCCAAAUAUUUGAGAAAUUCGAAUGUAACGGUAAUAGACAUGCUCGGGAUUACGGACGCCACGGGAAAAGAUCUAAGGGAUUGUUGGAACGCUGCUUUUCCGAGCGCGGAUGUUGUCCUUGUCGCCGCUUCCCCGCCACCAAAGAAGCCUACCGUGUCGUUCAUUUACCGCGAUAACGACAACGAUCUAUUAAAGUUAGUGAGAGAAAAUCAAUGUCAAAGAGACAAACGAUAUUAUAUUGUACAACUGCCAUAUUGUAAGCCGGAAGACAUGCCCGAAGAAACGAGGCACAUGACGAGAUUCUGUUUACCAAAAGAGCUGCCCAAGCUCGUAAAAGUUAUUCACAAAAUGGAACGCGUCGGUAGCAUUUCCGUGUCCGAUAAGGAGUUUUUAGAUAGCGUGAAGUUAGCGAAACUGGAGAUACUCGAGGAAGACGCGAAUUCGACGAGAGAAGCACGGGAGACUGAAAAUCUUUUAACGUCCGAAUCCGAGCGAAUGCCCGAGAAACAUAGACCUAUAUCGAUAGCAACGAAAGGUAACGUAGUAUCUCAAACAUUUGCGACAAAUAUCAACGAGUUGAAUUUGCUCGGGGAAAACGAACCGGAUGGAGAUGCGACGUUUACCGCUAAAUCAUUGUUGAAAAACACCGGCUCGUUUUGCAUCGACGAAUUGAACUUGUGAUUCCGUACUUUUAAGUACCGUCUAUUCAUCGCCGUUCAGCGAGAAAUUUAUCUUGCGUGAGACUGAAUUUCGAGGCUUUUACCAGUCCUACGUCGUAUAGUUGUUUAUGCAAGACAGAUUUCGUAUGGACAUAGGAUGUCUUAUAUACCUGUAUAUCGAUUUAAUAAACGGGACAAUUAUUCGUCACCGUAAGUGUUUGCAUCCAUUCGUUAACGAUUUACAAUUGUGAAUUUAUAUAUACGAAUAUAUUUGGUACAAGAAAGUAACGGUGGCACGGUAACAGUUACAUUCAGGUGGUGCGCAUUUGCUAAAACUAGUCAACCUUCGCAAAGUAACUAAUGUAAUGGAAUGCUCUCUGCUUUAUACAUAAAUACAAAAGUGACUUAUUCAUUCGACGUGUUAUGGAUACGCAGUCUUGUUCAAAUAUAAUUACAUUGACGCAUUUGCCAGUAAUCUUCGCGUUGCGCGCGUCGACGGUUAUCGAAAUCUUCGCUUUGUAGUCCGCGUUAUCCAAUAUUGCGCAAACUAUAUCCACGUAACGUGUACUCGAAAGCCGGAAGCACGUGCUCGAAGAAAAAUGCAUUUCGUUCUAUUCGAAGCUUAAACGCUUUACAAUAUAAGAU